CGAGGGGGUGUGUAACUUCUUUUUGUCUUUUCCACUAUAAAGGGGAUAUCAUUUAAGAGGGAUCAUUAGCUGAGAGCAGCCCGGCUGGGUCGAGGCUGGGAGGCGGGGACGCAGUUGCAAGCAGUGGAGCAAGGUGGAGGCACGAAGACAGAAGACCAGGCUAAUGAAAGCAUGAGGUGGCUCUUGGGCAGCAGCUUGAAAAAAUUUGGACACGCUGACAGGGGAAACUAUGACUGGCUAAACAGUGAACCUGGUGGGCCACUUCUGGAAACAGAGCUUCAGAGCAGACAACAGACAAGUUCAACCAAAGACGACAUAGAACCAUUUCUGUGCAUCAUACUGCCUGCCACCAUGAUGCUCUUCCUGGCAUUCCUGCUGCUCUUCCUGUACCGCCGUUGCCAGCGCCCCACUCAGCAGGGGCAGAUCUUCAGCAUCGACCUUCCUGAGGCCCUGCCUGAACAUGAUGUGUCCAAUUUCCUUUCUGCACUGCCCUGGAACAGUGAACAGAGUUUCCACUACUCCACACUGGUCCCUGAUGCCACAUUCCUCUCUGUGUGUUUACCUCCAUCGUAUGAGGAGGCCACCAUGAAGACUUCCAUGGAAGAGGCUCACACUGAGCUCUCUCCAGACCCAGUGCCUCCUUAUGAAGAGAGCACACUGCAGACCGGCAGCGCCAAAUAA